AUGGCCUCUGCUCGAAAACCUCCCGCAGAACCCCUCGUGGUUGUCUUAGGCUCCACGGGCACUGGCAAAUCCGAGCUAGCCGUUGAGCUGGCCACCCGCCUCAAUGGCGAGGUCAUCAACGCCGAUGCCAUGCAGCUCUACAACGGGCUGCCCAUCAUUACGAACAAAAUCACCCCCGCAGAACAGCGUGGAGUUCCCCACCAUCUCCUCGGCCACAUAUCCCUCGACGAAACUCCCUGGGAUGUUGACGAUUUUAGACGAGAGGCCAACCGGGUGAUCCGAGAUAUUCGCAGCCGAGGCCGCCUACCCAUCCUCGUCGGAGGCUCUCAAUACUAUGUCGACCCGCUUCUCUUCAAAGAGGUCAUCCUGGACGACAUGGAAAUGGACACCUCAACAUCGUUCCCCAUCCUGCAAGAGUCGGGCGAAGUAAUGCUACACGAGCUGCGAAAAGUCGACCCCGUCAUGGCCGACCGCUGGCACCCCAACGACCGUCGCAAGAUCCAACGCUCCCUCGAGAUAUACCUGCGCACCGGCAAGCGCGCCUCCGAUUACUAUGCCGAGCAACAGGCGCGCAAGGAGGCUGCGCAGCAGGAUCCCACAGACCAAGAACCGUGGGAAAACCUACUGUUCUGGGUGUACUCGGAGCGCGAGGUCCUGCGAACGCGCCUCGACAACCGCGUGGAUAAGAUGGUGGACGGCGGGCUGCUGCCGGAAGUUCGAGAACUGUUUGAAUUCAAGCGUCAGAAAGAUGCGGCGGGCCAGAUUUUGGACAUGACUAAGGGAAUAUGGCAGUCAAUUGGGUACAAGCAGUUUGAGUCGUACAUGACGGCCGUAGACGAAGGCAAACAACAAGCUGAGACGGAUCGCUUAAAGACAGCGGCCCUGGAGGAGAUGAAGACGGCAACGCGGCGAUAUGCCGUUUACCAGACCCGCUGGAUCAGACUCAAGCAGAUCCCACGCCUUCGCGAUGUCGGCCCUGAAGCCAUCAACAGCUUAUACCUCCUCGACAGCACUGACGUCACAAGCUACAAGGACAAUGUCGUUGAGCCUGCUGUCAAGCUUGCCACCCAGUUCCUCCAAGGAGAAGCCCGCGCGCCACCCGCAGACCUGUCGCCCCUGGCCCACGAGGUCCUCACGCAGGUGUCCAACCCACCGCCAAAGGCCACGCCGUGCAAGCGCAUGUGCGAGGUCUGCCAUACGGUGCUGAUGACGGAGGAGGCCUGGGAGAAGCACCACAAGAGUGCUACGCACCGGCGCGUCGUGCGGAAGAAGAAGAGAACGUCACUGGUGCCGGUGGAAAAUACCGCCGAGGCCGAAGAAGCAGAGGAUUCAGGGGGUGACAAGUCUAGCCCAGAUAUAAGUUCCAUGUUUUUAGAACCAACAAUCAACAAAAUCUAG